CUAGCCUAAUUGAGAGCCGAUCCAACUCCCUCGUUAAUCCCAAAUCCCAAUCCCAAUCGGCAAUCAUCUUCCUUCAAACACAAACCCUAAUAACCUCUCUCUUAGCAACUCGACGCCGGCCAAAUCGGUAAAGGAUUCGAGAAAAUAUCGCAUCGUACCACCAUUGUUCGCCGAAUCCAUCAGCUUGUCGUCUCCCUCAAGCACGAGUUCCAAAUGUGCCAUUUCUGCUGACUCUACUGUGAGAUUCGAAGCAUCUUCAUCUCUCCCUCGCUUUAGUUGGUUGCCCCCGAGAAAGGGUUUCGACGUGGCUUCAAUCUCAUCUGUUCCUUCUUCCAAUGGCUUCUAGCUCUCAUAGAGGUGGUGAUUUCUACGGUGCUGCUUCCCACAGAUCCAGAGAUGGAUUGAGUACAAGGGCAGUAGGUGGUUCAGAUGAAAUACAGUUGCGAAUUGAUCCCAUGCAUGGAGACCUGGAUGAUGAGAUCACAGGUCUUCGCAAGCAAGUAAAACAGCUCAGAAAUGUAGCACAAGAAAUUGAGUCGGAAGCAAAGUAUCAGAAUGAUUUUAUUAACCAACUGCAAAUGACGUUGAUCAAAGCUCAAGCAGGAGUAAAGAACAACAUGAGACGGUUGAACAGGAGUAUCAUCCGGGAAGGAUCUAACCAUGUGAUGCAUGUGGUUCUUUUUGCACUAUUUUGCUUCUUUGUGAUAUAUUGGUUGGCCAAGUUCUCAAGGAGAUAAGGGCAACCCUAUCUUUCUAUGCUGGUUUGCUGUUUCCUGACAAAGAUCUGAUGAAGACGCAAUCUAUUCAAACCGUCAAACAUAUGCUUGGCAGGUUUUUAGUGAUUGUGGAGUAAGAGUGCAGCUUUAGAAACUCCGAAUAUUUAGUCUUUAUGUAAAGUUUCCUAAUAUGUAGAAGCACUGUGGGACAAAAAAUCCCAGUGAAAGAAGAAAUAUCAUAUCUUGUAAUAUACAUUGUUUGCGACCUUGUUAAAAAUCUCUAUAGAUGAACUCAGUGAGACAAAAUCUCUCUUAAGUAGAAUUUUACUUCUCUGAUAAAAACAUCAUUUAAUAUUCCGUAGAUGACAAUUGACACAUUUGGAUAUUGUAUAUCAGUUUCUCAAAUGUUGGGUUUGACAAUGCCUUCAGUUAAUAAAUUUGCUAUACUGUUUA